AUUGCGUGCCUUCGAGAAUGAGCUGGGUGUCCAGGCGCCCGUGGGCUACUUCGACCCUAUGGGUCUGUCCAAGGACGGCGAUGUGGAGACCUUCCGCCGCCGACGGGAGGCGGAGCUGAAGAAUGGCCGUGUUGCCAUGUUUGCGACCAUUGGGUAUAUGGUCCCUGAGUACUUCAAAUUCCCAGGCUACUUGGCCCCCAGCAGCAACCUGAAGUUCGCCGACGUGCCCAAUGGCAUUGCCGCCAUCACCAAGGUGCCCGCCGAGGGCUGGUUGCAGUGGGUGGCCCUCUGCGGUUGCUACGAGUUCUGCGUGAACACCCCCGUGGACCCCGCGGAGCCCGGCAACUACGGCAAGGGCAAGUUAGGGUACGGCAACAUGGUCCUGGGUAUCACUGCUGAACCAAUGCAAGAUGCAGAGGCCCGCAAGCGCGCCCUGAACUCGGAGUUGGCCAACGGCCGUCUGGCCAUGAUGGCGAUCGUGGGCCUUUGGGUGCAGGAUGGCCUCUUCGGAACUCCUUAUGGCCUCUACACCGGCUCCAACGCCUUUGAGACCGAGCUGGGCGUCCAGCCUCCCGUAGGCUUUUGGGACCCCUUGGGCUUCACCAAGACCGACGACGUGGCAUCCUUCCGUCGUCGUCGCUAUGUGGAGCUGAAGCAUGGCCGCGUGGCGAUGUUCGCCUGCUUGGGAUACAUCGUGCCGGAGUACUACCGCUGGCCGGGCGAUCUGUCGCCGUCCUUGGGCCUGAAAUUCAGCGAUGUGCCUACGGGCUUCGCUGCCUUCAGCAAGGUGCCCUUGAGCGGCUGGGCACAGAUGGUGGCCUUCGCGGGAACAGUGGAGCUCUUCCAGUACGUGGAUGAUCCCAAACGCCCUCCUGGUGACUUCGAGAACGCCGGUUUCCUGGGUGUGCCCAACAGCUACGUGAAGGCCCCCGCGGGCACCAAGGAGAAGAAAUUGGCGGCAGAGAUUGCCAACGGACGACUGGCGAUGAUGGCGAUCAUUGGCAUGUUCUUCCAGAACGGCCUCACCGGCGAAGCCUGGGGCAGCUGGUCCCUCUACACCGAUUCGCCGCUCCGCGCCUUGAGCCCCGCGCAGGAGGCCAUCGCGGGCACCGGCGGACCCUUCGGGGACGAUUUCUGGGAUCCCGCCGGCAUCACCAACGGGAAGAGCAAGGAGGAGAUCUUGCAGUUGAGGGCUAUGGAGCUCAAACACGGCCGUGUGGCUAUGCUGGCCGUCUUGGGCUGGUUCCACGUAGCGGCUGGCUAUCACAUCGUUGGAGAUUAUGCUGUGGGUGAACAUUUGGACAACAAUCCCUUGGUGAACCUGACUCAGAUGCCCAUGGACCUCAGUGCUCGUCGACACCGCAUUUUGCCACGACAUGGUGUUUUUCCUGCAGACAUAGCUGAUGAGUGCUAUGUCUUUGAUGAAGUGCCUAGGGCUGAGAUGGAGCGCCAGAGAAGAAUGGCGAAGACCAUGGGAUCAAUUCUUGGCGAUGCUCAAGUUGUCAAUGUUGACAUCCAGCAAUGGUAUGUGUCUGAUCCCUCCUCAGCUCGGUUUGGGCAGGCUCUUCCUGUCGAAAUCGUCGGAGACGUUGUGGCACUGGGUCAGCAUGGUGUUGUGCAGUGGGAUGAUGAAACCGAGUAUGUGCGAGAGAUGGCGACUUCUGAGAUCGAAAGAUUCAAGGAGUCCAAGAAGGAUUCAUUGGGGGAUGCUAGGCUGCUGGGAGAACACAAGGACCCUCAAGGCAAACGACAUAUGACGCUUCAAGAUGCACUUGCACUUAUGUCUGAAGAGAAGUUCGAUGACUGGGGCUUUGUCGGCCCGCGUGCAACGAGAGAGUAUCUGGUUGCGAUCCGUGAGGGUCCUGGUGAUUUGAUCUCAUAUCACAAUGGGUGGGUUCGCUCAUCGGGGAUCUCCAACAGUUCUGCAAUUGCUCAUGAACAUCGGUCAUUGAUUGAGACCUUGCGACUUGGCUUCUCCAAAGACCAGCUCGACCUGAGCAACCUCACAUGCAUGGAGAACGUUGUGAGACGUUUGAUUGUGCUUGAAAUGGCAGUGGCGAGAAACCCAGCAGCCCCAGACUUCUCUGGUCUGGAUGUUGUCAGUGAGACUCCAAUUGCUGCACAAGGCCAAGCCUACGUCUCAGCCAUCACCAGCUGGGUGACUGAGAAGCUGAAGGAAAGGUCGCAGAUCCAGAAGCAGGCACGGCUCUUCAAGGAGGAGUUUGGAAGAAGAGGUGGCAAGAAGUUUGGCGAUGAGGAUGACGAAGACAGUGGCAAGAACAAGUGGAAAAAGAAGAAAAAGAAGGCUGAUGGCGGCGGGGCGGUUGGCUCCGCUGCGGCCUCUUAG